AUGAUUCUAUUUUCAGCUAUUUCUAAAGGAACACUAAUUUUAUGUGAACAUACUGAAUCUAAUGAAGAUUUCCAAUAAUUAAUUUCCAAAUAGCUCAAAUUCAUUAAAAACAAAUAAGAGAAACAACAAUUCUAAAUUAAUGAAUACAUUUCGUAUCUCUUGCAAAAUAAUCAAUUUAAUUUCUUGUGUCUAAUGCAACAACAACUAAAAAAUGAAGAGCAAUAAGAACAUGCCUACAACUUCCUCAAGGACAUUUCAGACAAGUUCUAAUUGAUGACUUAGACCCAAGGGAUUGAUAAGGGUCAAUUCACUAAGACCAUGGCAGAACUAAUGAGUUAAUACAAUACUAAAUCAGAAAAUUCCUGUAAUGAUUUGAAACAUUAAAUUUAUGAGUUAAUAGAAGAAUGUAAUUUUAGAAUUGAGAGUAAAUAAGAAAUCAAUACACCAGGGGUUUUUGAGAAUAUCUAAGAUCUCCCCAAAAAAGAUAAUCUGGAAUAUAGUGUUUUUACUUGCAAAUCAGUUUUCUUUGUAAUUAACUUAUUUCUCGCUGGAGUGCUAGUUGAAUUAUUUGCUAAAUUUAAUAGAUAUUUAUGA